UCUACUUCUCCUCACUGAUGCCGGUUGAACCGGCUGUUUUGUAAGCGCUGAUUAAUUUGGGAAUAUCUGAAGCUGCUGAUUUAUUGAUUUGACAUCGGAUACAAGUCGGAUCAAAGAUGGGGAUCAAAGUGUAGUGCUGACAGGAAUGCCCCAGACUGCGUUCUCAGGCACCAUGUUCACCACUCCCAGUGGCUUCAGUCCCCAUCUGGCCUGUGCUGAGCCUGGGGAAGAGGAGGAGGCCCCACAGGAGGGCCCGGAGCCCGGUGCUUGCCUGGCCGAUGGGCCACCGAUCACCUCCGCCUCCCUGGACACCCUGAUCCAAAACCUGGUGCCCACUGCUGAUUACUACCCCGAGAAAGCCUAUGUGUUUACCUUCUUGCUGAGCGCUCGUCUGUUCAUCCCUCCUCCGGAGCUGCUGUCCAGGGUGUGUGAGCUGUGCAUCAAACAGCAGCAGCUGGAUCAGAGCCCACUCGAUACGGCAAAAGUGCGCAAGUUUGGUCCCAAGAUCCUGCAGCUGCUGACAGAGUGGACAGAGACGUUCCCGUCUGACUUCAGGGACGAGAAGAUGGUCGGCCACUUUAAAGACAUCAUCCACAGGAUCGCUCCGUGUGAUGAGGCGUACUGGAAAACACUGAACCAGGUGCUGCAGAAGCUCAGCCAGCGACUGGCCCAGCUGAGCCAGGGGGAAGAGAGGAUCGUCAAGGUCUCCCUCAACGCCUCCUCCAUCUCUGACAAGCUGGUGGCCUUCAAAACCAAGCCUCCGCCCAUCCAGAAGGACAUGCUCUCCAUCUGCAACGACCCGUACACACUGGCACAGCAGCUCACCCACGUGGAGCUGGAACAUUUGAGUCACAUUGGGCCGGAGGAGUUUGUCCAAGCCUUUGUUCAGAAAGACCCGCUAGAUGGACCCCAGCCAUGCUUCAGUGACCAGAAGAAGAAAACCUCCAACCUUGAAGCUUAUGUCAGGUGGUUCAACAGACUGUGCUACCUGGUGGCCACUGAGAUCUGCAUGCCAGCGAAGAAGAAGCAGAGGGCCCAGGUGAUUGAGUUCUUCAUCGAUGUUGCCAGGGAGUGUUUCAACAUAGGAAACUUCAACUCCCUCAUGGCCAUCAUCUCCGGCAUGAACAUGAGUCCUGUGUCACGGCUGAAGAAGACUUGGGGAAAAGCCAAGACUGCGAAAUUCUUCAUUCUUGAGCACCAGAUGGAUCCUACGGGAAACUUUUACAACUACAGGACAGCUCUGAGGGGGGCCGCCCAUCGAUCUCGGACUGCCAACAGCAACAGAGAAAGGAUUGUCAUUCCCUUCUUCAGUCUGCUGAUCAAAGACAUUUACUUCCUGAAUGAAGGGUGUGCCAAUCGGCUGCCCAACGGCUACGUCAACUUUGAGAAAUUUGUGGAGUUGGCACGGCAGGUCGGGGAGUUCAUGACAUGGAAAAAGGUGGAGUGUCCAUUUGAGCAGGAUCGGGCCAUCCUACACUACCUCCACACUGCUCCCAUCUUCAGCGAGGACGGACUCUACCUUGCAUCCUAUGAGAGUGAGAGUCCGGAGAACCAGGUAGAGAAGGACAGAUGGAAAGCACUCAGGUCUAACGUUCUGGGAAAGACAUGAGGCGCUGAUGGCAGCUGACCCUCCCACCAGCGAGGGAGAGUGUGUUCUCAUUGCACUAAAAUGAACUGUGAAGGAACCUAGCUGGUACUUAGGUGUUUUUUUUUUUAUGAAGAAAUUAUGAAAAAAAAGAAACAUGAUGAACAGGAUUCAUCAAGAAGAGUGUAAAAUAAAUAAAUUAAAAAGAACAAAUCACAAAAAAGUGAAUUGAUAAAGUUAAGCUAUGGAAAAUGGAGCAAAAUGCCUUUGCAGCAUAUUAACUAUCAGUGAUGAGGUACAGUAUGUUGGAGAAGGAUACUGCCUCUCCUUCCCCCUUCCCUCGAUGUGUGUUUACUCUGUGAAGAUAUGUUUACUACUAUAGAGAGUACAGUUACAGGGAAAACCACUUUAUAAAAUGAAAUUCCUACUGAUCGUUGUUUUUGUAUUUGCUCCUCUACCGUUUUCUCUCUCUUUCUCUUCCCCUAUGGUCCAAAAGCCUUGUCUAGGUAUUUGACUUUUAUCCUUUCCUUGUAAUGUACUGUAAUGAAACUUACAAUGAUGUGAAGGGCGCUGGCUAGCCCAUAUCAGCUGUCUAAUUUUAUAGGUCUACUGAAGGAAUGGCAACUGACUGUGUACCUGGGAAGACAGAAGAAGACAUGCCUUGAGCAUUUUACCAGUUCAUCUCAUGUGUACUUUUAUGUGUGCGAGUGCGUUUGUGAUCCAGAUGUUCAUGCAUUCAUGUCCGUUCAGAUUGUCACUGUCUUGUUUUGCAUGAGAAUGACUGGAGGAGACUUUUUAUUGCUCAUCUCUACUUGUGUACUUUAAUUUAUUGUAUCUUAUUUUGGGCGGGGAACAUGAACUGUUUUAAAAAAGUGUUUACUACUUUUAAAUGUAUUGUGCCAGUAAUGCAAGACAACUACAGUACAGCUUAACAGUCACAACAGGAGCUCGGCCAGGCGUGGAUUGUGUACAGGUGACAGUUACCCCUCAUCUUUCUGCUCUUCAGGAAGUUUUCUCUGACUGAUGUUCAGUUGUCUGAUAUAUUUAUGGAAAUUUCCGUGCUGACAGAUGUAUAGUUUUUAUUGUAACUUUCCUUUACUGAAUAUGAAGUCCAAUAGCAUGCUACCACAGGUGUUUUUAAAGGGGCAUUAAGCGUAUCCACCUCGUACGGAUUACAACACAAACUUUGUAGUGAUGACGCAUUGUUGCAUUCUGUGGAAGGACAAUGAUGAAUUGGAGACUUUCGUCUGUCUAUAAAGUAAAGAGGGAAACGUGUGCCAUAUGAAUUACUGGUUGUCAUGACAAUUCAGGUUCCUCUGACUUGAAAAAGUGUUGUUUAUCGUUUGUGGGAUUGUUACUGAGCUUUGUUUUGUUGUGAUUUUGGAGUCAUUUUUUAGGGUGGGGUGGCGGGAGGAGAGGAGGGUUAUGGGGAACUAUGUAAUCCUAAACUUUUUAAGAACAUUCUUAUUCAAUUUGCUAUGCUUGAUUGAUGUCAGUGUUUUCUCUUUAGAAGCACAUUUUCCCUCUCAAUAACAGACUGACUUUAAUUCUCCCUCCUCAUUUGUCACCAAUAAACUUGCUUUCCCUGUAACACGUUCCCCAGAUAAGUUAAGACUAUAGAGAGCCAGAGAUGUGAAGUCAAACCUGCCGUUCAAGGUGAAGACAUGUUUUAAUAAAACAUUUGCCUGUGUG